AUGGCCUCCUCGAGCACCCUGAAUGCUGAACCUGCUGCUGUCGACCCAGGUUUUCAGGAGGUUCUUGGUCAUGGCAAACGUCCCAAAAAUACCGAGCAGAUGAAUGCACUUAUCCAGGCCGAAGGUGAAGAUAUUGACAAUCCCACUUGCCGCCCUCGCCGUUCUCAUCGUGCCCCCAAAAAGCAAAAUGCUGCUGUCGACCCCAACAAUUUUUUCUCAUCUCUUCCAGUUGAGGAGGCCUCGGAUGCCGAUGAUGAUGAUUUCACUGGCUCUGAGUCCAGUUCUCAGUCUCCCUCAUCAGGGUCAGAGAGCGAUACCACCGAGAUCUUGAAUGCCGAGCUUGCAGAUGUUUUGCCCAUGAAGACUGUUCCACCUCAUGGUGGCAACUCUGAUCCCAAUGCAUGUCAGCUUCGCAAGAAAGCCAACGCAAAAUCCAAGCGGAAGGCUGCAGCAAAUGCUUCAGCUGCCAACAGACUUCAACUAUUGAAGCGAGCUCAUGUCGAGGAUGCCAAAGAUGACGGCGACAUUCUCUUGCCAUCAUCAAGUCAAGUUCCUCAAGUUGAUGUUCGGCUGAAGCGUCCAAAGCCGCAUGGACCCACAAACCCGAUCUACCUCUUUUAUGAAGAGGUGGAUAAGAAUGCUCAGGGCGUUGAGGGAACAAAGGGUGACAAACACUACAAGUGUUACCAUGGUUUAAUCAGUCACAUCAAAACACACUUUCCAGUCUUGUAUCGACUCUAUCUAUAUCUCAAGGAUCGUGUGGAACCACCCACGGAAGACGAGGUUGCGAUGGCAUUGGGAAAAAAGAUUCUUGACCCCACCCAGGCAGCUGAAUACCUGCUUCAGCUUGAAAAAGCCUCGAGCAAUAUUGUCGAGGCUUUUAACCACCAGAAUCAGCGAGUCGCUGAAGCCAGCUGGGAUUAG